UAAACAGAGAAGCGGAAUUGGGGAAACACAGUUCAGUUAUCCCUUUUUUGCAACAAAUGAUUCAUCGAGCGUCGACCUAAGUUCUUCAUCCUAAUCACUGCUAUUUCGACUGAAAUCUCCAUCAUCAACGAAAGAUUAGGAUUUUCAUCUCGAUCGGAAUAUGAGGUCUUACGAUAUCAGAAUGCAGAAAUCUAAAGCGAUCUUACGGUUUUCCGCUCAACUACCGUUCGGCGGUAACUUCUCCGGCUAUCAUUUCAGAGGACUCUCAUUCACAAAUUGCAGUCCUAUGUUCGCUUUCGUCACAGGAAACGCGAUUAUCUUACUUCUAUUGUUUAAGUCUCGCCUGGUUAAAAAUGGCGACGGCGAUGAUGAUAAUGGAGGAGUCGAUUUUUACAACGAGUACUUUAAAAGCUAUGAGAAGAGCUUAAUCAAUAGUACUACUACUACUACUACUACUACUACACCUAGCGACACUACUGUUAUUGUUCCGAAUAAUGGAUAUACGAUUUGCAGAAGUCGAUCGGAGGAUUUAACGAGAGUAAAACGUGGAGACGAUGAAACUCACCGGAAACUGAGGCGGUCGGUGACGGAGAGGAGAAGGUUGAAGAAUCUAGAUCACCGGUGCGGCGGUUACGCGGAGGAUAAAAUGAGCAGUGAAGAAUUCCGGCGAACCGUAGAGGCUUUUAUUGCAAAGCAGCAAAAAUCGUUGAGGGACGAAGAGUUCUCUCCUCUUGUAUACGUCGGUGCAUAG